CCAUGAGAAGCAGUACGUGGGCUUUGCCACUCUGCCGAACCAGGUCCACCGGAAAUCCGUGAAGAAGGGUUUUGACUUCACCCUGAUGGUCGCAGGAGAGUCGGGUCUGGGCAAAUCCACGCUGGUGAAUAGCCUGUUCCUGACAGACCUCUACAAAGACAGAAAGCUCCUCAACGCAGAGGAGAGAAUCAACCAGACAGUGGAGAUUGUCAAGCACACAGUGGACAUUGAGGAGAAGGGUGUCAAGCUGAAGCUGACCAUAGUGGACACACCAGGAUUUGGAGAUGCUGUUAACAACACUGAGUGCUGGAAGCCCAUCACUGACUACAUCGACCAGCAGUUUGAACAGUAUUUCCGCGAUGAGAGUGGCCUGAAUCGGAAGAACAUCCAGGACAACCGAGUGCAUUGCUGCCUCUACUUCAUCUCACCCUUCGGGCAUGGGCUGAGGCCUGUGGAUGUCGAGUUCAUGAAGGCUCUGCAUGAGAAAGUCAACAUUGUGCCCCUGAUUGCCAAAGCCGACUGCCUGAUCCCCUCCGAGAUCCGGAAGCUCAAAGAGAGGAUCCGGGAAGAGAUUGACAAAUUUGGCAUUAAAGUGUACCAGUUUCCUGAGUGUGACUCUGAUGAAGAUGAGGAGUUCAAGCAGCAAGACAGGGAGCUGAAGGAGAGCGCUCCCUUUGCCGUCAUCGGUAGUAACACUGUGGUGGAGGCGAAAGGCCAGCGAGUCCGUGGACGGCUCUACCCCUGGGGCAUUGUGGAAGUGGAAAACCAGGCACACUGCGACUUUGUGAAGCUGCGGAACAUGCUGAUCCGGACACACAUGCACGACCUGAAGGACGUCACUUGCGAUGUCCACUAUGAGAACUACCGAGCUCAGUGCAUCCAGCAAAUGACCAGCAAGCUGACUCAGGACAACAGGAUAGAAAGCCCAAUUCCUAUCCUGCCUCUCCCAACACCGGACACUGAGACAGAGAAGCUGAUCAAAAUGAAGGAUGAGGAGUUACGGCGGAUGCAAGAGAUGCUGCAGAAGAUGCAGCAGCAGAUGCAGGAUCAGUGAGAGGCAGGUACUCGGAGGGCAGAGGGAAUCCCCCAGUGACCAUCUGAGGCCUGGCAAGAGCUGUGGAUGUUUAGAAAAGGUUUCCUGUUGUUUAGAGACUUGUGGGCAAGAGCUGCACCCGCACCCUCUAAUUUAUUAGCAGCAAUGCUGGCCGUGUGGUCAGCUGGAUUGUGGAGGAGGCUGUUCACUUAACAGUUCACUGAUGUGUAUUUCUUUUUUAAUAAUUAUUCUUCCUUUUCUUUUUUCUUUUUUUUUUAAAAAAAAGAAAAUAGCCUGGGAAGUCUCUAAGGCAUCCUAAAAAAA